UCGGCAAGCGUGCGUGGCGUCAGACCGUCUGUUACCGUGUGCGCGUUGCGGAGCUUUAACCUGGCGAUGGUGUCGAAAGCUCGCCGCCUGCGAUAGUGCCGAUGAUGUAAUUGUUGUGUGCGAGCUUUGGCCGCAGCUUUGCUAUGUGUGUGCUUGCGAUGAUUGGUGGUUGUUGAUGACGAGCAAAAUGGCCGGGAGGGAAGUGCUCUAUUUCGUCUUGCUGGCCGCCAGCGUCUUCAUAGGACACGGCUACUCGAGUCCCUCGCCGAUCAAAAGAACCGACCCCAAGAAAGACCACUGUAACAAGACUGUGGAAAUUUAUGAAGAUGUUGCCAGUCCGGAAGUGACCAGCGACAAUUUCGGGAAACCGAUGACGUGCUGGUACAGGUUCCGGUCAUUCCGGGGAACUCCCAAAGACUGGAUCCUUAGGAUCAAGUUCAACAAGUUUAAAGUAGGAGUUUUGCUCAACGCCAGCCACUGCGAAGGCGGAUACAUGCAGAUAGUGGAUGGCAACGCGAAAACGGACGUUUCGAACAGAAAAGAGCCCGGCAUCUUUUGUGGAGAGAGUGAGCAACCGCAAACUUUCAUGUCGGAGACGUCCUUCGUGAAGGUUGUGUUCCAUAGCGAUAAUUUCACCGACCAAACUUACUUUAGUUUCGAUACGAGGGCCGAACAGCAACUCGUAGUAUAUUUGAGGUAUGGGCAGCAUCCGGAACUUUAUCCAAAUCGCCGGGGAGAGGUCGUACAAGGGUCUUACUGCGAAAGGAUAUUCCGGGACUGCCGCCUCCAGACUUGUUACGUGCAAUCUCCGGCCUAUCCCGGAGUCUAUCCCCGGAAUUUGCACUGCAGAUAUUACCUGAACACAAGACUGCCUUUCAUCAAGCUGUACAUCGAGAAUGAAGAAUUCAACAUCGACGGACAGCGAUGCGAGAACAUCAUGACGUGUCCUAUGCGGCCGAUAUCGUCAGGCCAAGAGAAUUGUCCUUACGACUACAUAAAAAUCUACGAUGGAAAGAAUGAGUUGAGUCCCGUUAUUGGGACGUUCUGCGGGAUGGGAAAGUUUCCUUACUCCAUUAUAGGCACAUCUCAAGACCUUUUCGUCGAGUUCGUUUCGUCGCCAGCAGGUCCUCUGCUCAACACGGGUUUUCAUUUCAACGUCGGUAAUUGGCCCGGUCAUGUGGACACAGCCGGAAGCCGAAACGGUACAUGUGAUUGGCUGCUGUCCUCCGAGAGUCUUCGAGCAUCCGGAGAUUCUGAAGGAAUUUUCCUGUCGGUCGCCCACUGGUAUCCUCCACACACCAGCUGUACAUAUCUAAUGCAAGGCGAAGACGGAGAAAUUGUCAGAUUAUACUUUCCCAGUUUCCGAAUAAACAGGAUCGAGUCCCCUAUACAACCCAUCGAGGGCGACUGCGGCGAAUCCCUUACAUUGUAUGACGCUUCGUGGCCAGACGACUCGAAAAUUAUCAAGACAUUCUGUGAUACCUUUUCCAAAGCAAUGGAGAAACACGAUUUCGUGUCAACUGGAAAUGCUUUAUUUGUGAGAUUCGAAAGCAAGACGGGAAGUUAUAGCGGCUCAUCCUUGUAUUAUUGGGCCCAUUAUGAUUUUUUUAAUAAUACGAAGCUGGGGGAGCCGGUUCCUGGAAAAUCCUGUGAUGAGGUUUUUGCGUCGUGGAGGCAAACGCGAGGGUGGCUGAGGUCGCCACUGAAUACUUUAGUCUACAAGCAAGCUCAAUCUAGCGAAGACGUACAGUGUCUGUACCGAUUUGUUACCGAUAAAAGACUUUUUGCGAGAGUGAUUUUAACAAUCACGGGUAUACACUUCAAGGAGAACCCUUACAAUCAGGGUCCCUGCUCAAACUGCUUGGAGGACCGUGUUGACAAAUUGGUCAUGUGGGAGCCGCUACCACCUGGGGCCAAUACUUCUUAUCCUCCCAUCCCUUUGACUAAAGCCGCACAAAGCGGCGAUGUGACAUGCUUAUGCAAUAAACAUACUUCAUCCACUCAGAUCAUCUCGAGAGGAGAACAGCUCAAUCUUCAACUCAUCGUAGACAGUGCUCAUUCCGCUUUGAGCUACUUCAAACAUAAUGCUCCGCUUUUCGAGGCCACUUAUGAAUUUGUCCACGGACCGCUGUGUGGCCCUCCAAUAAUUCAACCAGUUUUAAACGGAGAAAUCCACUACCCCUACUACGAAGCAAUAGGUUACGUCGAGCCUCCCAAAUCGAUUCGAUGCAUAUGGGAGAUCAAGGUGAACAGAGAACGCGACCUUUGGUUGCAUUUCGAUCGCAUUAAGUUUUCGUCGAAAGCUUGCGACGACGGCAUCGUGGAUAUUUUCCUUAAAGGUCGCCUAGACCCUUACUUGUCGAUCUGCGGAGAGAACGUCUCCCUUGUUAAAGAGCUGCCAGUUUUGUCAGCAGCUGAACUAAGUCCCGAUGGAGCCGAACCUGGAGUGACAAUCCAGUUUAUUGGUCGAACGUCACCUACGAGAGCAGCGUUUACUAUUGCGUGGACUGAGCUGUUUCACCUACCUAGGAACCAAGACGGGAGUUUAAUGUCUUCUAGACUGACAGGAGGUGGCAGUGUCGAAGAGAAUGUGGAAGGCUGUGGAUUUGUUUGUCCGGGAGAAGCAGGACUGUGCAUAGCUGCCGGACUCGUAUGCAAUGGGGUCAUAAAUUGUCCCAACGUAACAGAUCACCCAGGUCCAGCCUUCAGCGACGAGUCAGCCGAGCUGUGCGUGUCGGAGCACAAUCCAGAAAUCAAUUGGGUUUAUGUCGGGGCAGCCGUGGUGUCAGUGUUGCUCCUCUUGUGUUGUUUUUGUGUUUGUUUAUGUAGAAGGUGCUGUAGAUACUGUUGCAGCGACGACUAAAGUUCAAUUUUACGAAACCGAAGCCUUACAAUGAACCUUUAACGAAAAAAACAAGGGCAAGUCUUCGCUACGUGACAAUCCCACAAUAAUCAGAUUUUUCGUUUGUACAAAGCCGUACCACACACGAUGUAGUCGGAGACUUGUCUUUCGCACUUUAAAAGACUUGAUGAAGUAAAGCGAAGUGAAGUGCACAUCGAUGGAACUUUUUUGGCAAGCACUCACAUUUAGUUUAGGUCAUUAGAAUACCGUUGUAUAAUUUCCAUUGAAUGAAAUAAAUUUGAACCUUGCACAGUUUUUACGAUUCAAGAAAUAAAGCGAUCAUGUUCUAAA